CGCUGACACACUUUCUCUCUCACUACCACAAAAAGGAGAGGGAGAGCAGAGGCAUUAGGGUUUUAGCAUUUCCCCAAGGAGUGUAAAUUGUUAGGUUUAGGCUCAAGGUUGUUGUUGUUUAAGGAGAGAGGGGGAAAAUGGCUGCAGACAAGGGGAAGAAGAUGAAGGUAGGAGAGAAAGGGGAGGACGACAAUAACCAAAUCGAUGAAGCGCUCGUCCUCUCAAUCGAGAAGCUCCAGGAGAUCCAGGACGAUCUCGAAAAGAUCAAUGAAGAGGCUAGUGAUAAGGUCUUGGAAGUAGAGCAGAAGUACAAUGAGAUACGCAAGCCAGUCUAUGAUAAGCGGAAUGAGAUCAUCAAGACCAUUCCUGACUUCUGGUUAACUGCUUUUUUAAGCCAUCCUGUUCUUCAUACACUACUAAAUGAAGAGGAUCAAAAGAUAUUCAAAUAUAUAAGCUCCUUGGAGGUGGAGGACUUUAAAGACGUUAAAUCGGGUUACUCCAUAACCUUUAACUUUCAACCCAAUCCUUAUUUUGAGGAUACAAAGCUUACAAAGACAUUCACCUUCCUUGACGAAGGAACAACAGAAAUUACUGCUACACCGAUCAAGUGGAAACAGGGCAUGGGUAUACCUAAUGGAGUUGCUCAUGAGAAGAAAGGGAACAAAAGGCCAUUUGUUGAUGAAGGCUUCUUCGGCUGGUUUAGUAAUACUGUGCAUAAAGAGGCAAUGGAGGAUUACCAGGAUGAGAUUGCAGAUGUCAUCAAAGAAGAUUUAUGGCCUAAUCCUCUCUCUUAUUUCAACACUGAUCCUGAUGAUGAGUUUGAGGGAGAUGAAGCUGACGAAGGGGACAAGGAUGGUGAUGAAUCUGAAGAGGACGAUGAUGAACAAGAUGAUGACGACGACGAAGAUGAUGAAGAAGAUGGUGAUGCAGACAAUUGAACUCUUUUCAUCUGUUUAUUUGUCGGUUUUUGCUUUUUGGGUAACUUAUGUAAAGUGGUCUUUGAGGGUUGCCGAGUAUCAACAGCUGAUAGGGAGGAUUACCAAUCUUAACCUUUUAUUAUAACUUUCUCUACUGUUUAGGUAUCUGACUGGUACCAUGUUCAGUCAGUGGUUUCUGAUGAUUUUUUUUUUUUCCAGUCAAGGCCUUAUCAUUUUGUUUUUC